AUGUCUCUAUCCUCUAAGCUAACUGUUCAAGACCUUGAAUUGAAGGACAAGCGUGUCUUCAUCAGAGUUGACUUCAACGUCCCAUUGGAUGGUAAGAAGAUCACUUCUAACCAAAGAAUUGUUGCUGCUUUGCCAACCAUCAAGUAUGUUUUGGAGCACAACCCACGUUACGUUGUCUUGGCCUCCCACUUGGGUAGACCAAACGGUGAAAGAAACGAGAAAUACUCCUUGGCUCCAGUUGCUGAAGAGCUACAAUCCUUGUUGGGUAAGCCAGUUACUUUCUUGAACGACUGUGUCGGUAGCGAAGUUGACUCCGCUGUCAAGGCUUCCGCCCCAGGCUCCGUUAUCCUAUUGGAAAACUUGAGAUACCACAUCGAAGAAGAAGGUUCCAGAAAGGUCGACGGCCAAAAGGUCAAGGCCUCCGCUGAAGACGUCGCCAAGUUCAGAAAGGAGCUGUGCUCUCUAGCUGAUGUUUACAUCAACGACGCUUUCGGUACCGCCCACAGAGCUCACUCCUCCAUGGUCGGUUUCGACUUGCCACAACGUGCUGCUGGUUUCCUUUUGACCAAGGAAUUGCAAUACUUCGGUAAGGCUUUGGAAAACCCAACCAGACCAUUCUUGGCUAUCCUAGGUGGUGCUAAGGUCGCUGACAAGAUCCAAUUGAUCGACAACUUGUUGGACAAGGUCGACUCCAUCAUCAUCGGUGGUGGUAUGGCUUUCACCUUCAAGAAGGUUUUGGAAAACGCUGAAAUCGGUGACUCCAUCUUCGACAAGGCUGGUGCUGAAAUCGUUCCAAAGUUGAUGGAAAAGGCUAAGGCUAAGGGUGUCGAAGUCGUCCUACCAGUUGACUUCGUCAUUGCUGACGCUUUCUCCGCUGACGCUAACACCAAGAUCGUCUCCGACAAGGAAGGUAUCCCAGCCGGCUGGCAAGGUUUGGACAAUGGUCCAGAGUCCAGAAAGUUGUUCGCUGCAACUAUCGCUAAGGCUAAGACCAUUGUCUGGAACGGUCCUCCAGGUGUCUUCGAAUUCGAGAAGUUCGCUUCCGGUACCAAGGCUAUGUUGGACGAAGUUGUCAAGUCCUCCACUUCCGGUAACACCGUCAUCAUCGGUGGUGGUGACACUGCUACCGUCGCUAAGAAGUACGGUGUCACUGACAAGAUCUCCCACGUUUCCACUGGUGGUGGUGCCUCCUUGGAAUUGUUGGAAGGUAAGGAAUUGCCAGGUGUCGCUUUCCUAUCUGAAAAGAACUAA